GUCCAGAAUCCGAAGCCAGCGGACAGCGAAACGAACGCGGUCCCAAUCAGCUGUUCCCAAGCGACACGCCACGACCGGAGGCUACGUGCAGAGGGCUAUUUUCAAUGCACCACCACGCUCCUCCUUCCUAGUGACAGGUGAUAUCCCAGACGCCAUACAGCCACAUGAAAUGCCAUUAAAGACGGCCAAGAGUCUGCUACGCCAAGAACUAAAGGCGAAACUCAAUGCCAUGAGUCCGGAUGAGAGGACCCGCCAGUCACAGAUCGUGCAGACGAAGGUCCUCCAGCACGACCUGUACAAGGAGAGCAAGAGGCUCUCCAUUUUCUUGAGUAUGCACGAUGAGAUAAACACGGACCUUAUCCUGCACGAUGCUUUGAGUUUUGGGAAGGCUGUUUAUAUCCCCAGAUAUGAUAGUAAGUCGACCUACAUGGACAUGGUUCGACUCAGAUCCUGGGAGGAAUAUGACGCUCUGCCAAUGACUAAAUGGAAGAUCAAGCAGCCUCCUUUGGACCAAGAUCGGGAAAAAGCUCUGGAUUCAGGGGGCCUUGAUCUGAUUCUUGUGCCUGGUUUGGCGUUCUCCAAGGCAGGGCAUAGGAUGGGUCGUGGACGAGGAUAUUAUGACACAUAUCUUGCAAGAAGCCGAGUUAUGCAAGAGCAUCCUCCAAACACAAUUGCAUUGGCUUUUGUUGAGCAAGUGCUUCCUCAAAUACCCGUUGAAGAAACAGAUGUUCCAAUUGAUAUUAUUCUUAGUGCUGAGUAAUAGUGUUAAUGUGCUUGUAUAUUCACAAGUGAAUAUAUAUAGAUAUGUGUGUAUGCACAUAUUAUGUUUGCAUAUACUUUUGUAAGGAAUCUUUUCUAUACUACUGUAUAGUGGUUGUUCUACAAAUCAUGUUUAGGUUCUGAUUUUACUCUUAAUUUGAUCUCCAGUAGACCAGGAUUUAUAUUGGGACAUGAUGCUCGGAGUUGUACGGUUGUAUUAAAAAAUAUAUAUUUUUUAGGUGUAUGGGAGUGUGUAUGUGCCCAUGUGAAUGUACAUGCAUUACACAAUACAUAUGCCUUUACUAGGUAUUAAUGAUUAGGUAUGAAAAGAUCUUUCUUAAGAUAUUUAUUCAUAUAUAUGUAAUUUUUUUUUUUGAGUGACAAUUUCUAAAUUUAUAUUCUGAUUUUACGGCAUAAACAGGAAUUCAUAAGUUCAAAUGAAAAAGUGAAGUUUGCUGUGGAAAAGGAAUAAACACUUACAAAACAUGUUAGGUAAAAUAGUUUUCUAAAUGGUUAUCUUUUUAAAAAUAUUUACAGCAAAUGUUACACAUUUCUAAUUCUGUUCCUUUGAAAUUAGCUAUAUAGCCAUCUGAUGUAGUUAUUAAUUUCCUCAAAAGGUUUAUCACAAAUUCUUUCUCCAUUUCAUAUUGAUUUGUUUAUAUUUUGAUAUAAAUUUUGUAUAGAAUACAAAUUGCCCAUAUCAACUAGUUGCAUAUAGAUGUUGGUAUAUGCAUGCAAGAGUAAAAUCAUUACUAUUUAUUUCCCUCAUUAAAAAAAGUUAAGAGAUUGAGGGGGAGCAACUACCUAUGGAAUGUAUAAGGAAAAUGCAUCUGUAGGGGAAUGAGAAACAUGGAUUUUUGCUUGUAUGCAUUGUUGAUUUUAUGUAUGGGUGCCUCAUAAACCGUUCUCCUAUAUUUGUUAAGUAAUUUGGGUCUUUCAUAUCUUGUGCCUUUGUUAUUGUGUUUUCUUAUUUUUUUGUAUGCUUAAGACCUUCAGAAUUCAUGGAAAACUUUUAUAUGGGAUUGUUGGUCCAUAAAUCUUAUUUUUAAAA